GUCAACUCCAUCCCACCCAAACCCCGUCUCCUUCCUCCUUCCUCCUUCUUAUACCACCACCGCCCACCAUGUCGACCGACCCCAAGAUCCAAGACCUGCUGAACAAGCCCAAGAACGAGCUCACUGAAUACGAGGUCUCUCUCGUCGAGGAACAUGAGCUCACCGCCGGCCCUCUAUCGCUCCUCCAAACCGCCACGCGCACACACACCCAGGUCCUAAUCUCCUGCCGGAACAACCGCAAGCUCCUGGCCCGCGUCAAGGCCUUCGACCGCCACUGCAACAUGGUGCUGGAGAACGUCAAGGAGAUGUGGACCGAGAAGCCCAAGGGCGGCAAGGGUAAGGGUGUCAACAAGGACCGGUUCAUCAGCAAGAUGUUCCUGCGUGGCGACUCCGUCAUCCUCGUCCUGCUCAGCUGAGCUCCCUUCACGUGACGCGCUCACCCUCUCGGCCUUGGUCGUGUGGCGUCCGGCUUCCCUUCCCCCCUAGUGAUCGAGUCGAAGCCGAAAGGAGACGGAGACGGAGACGGAUUUUUAGUUGACAACGAUAUACCCUUCCAGUCGGUCGUGCGAUUUGCCCAAAAGUCUCCCUAAUUCGAUCAUCAUCUGGGGUGCGAUGGAGCCUAGAACAAACACCCAACCCAUCCCAUCCAUUCAUCCACCAUCCCUGACCCCGGACGGUGGUUUCUUUCCCCCUCUCACUUUGACUCUUUCUUAAACAUUCUUCUUCUUUUUUUCUCUCCAUCUUUGAUGAAUCUACCGUUCUUUCUACGGCGGGG